AUGAAUAAAUUAUAGGAGUUGAAUGCUUUUGACCACACCAAGAAAUUCAAAAUCAAAACUGACCGCAGCUCCUAAAUUACAUCUCCCAAAAACAAGGAAAUCGAUGCUCAAGAUGAUUUAGUCAAGAAACUAACUGAAACCCAAAAGAUGCAAUAAAAGGAAAUAGAUAAAUUAUUGUUAACCAUUGAAAACAAGGAAGAUCAAAUACGAAAAUCCCAGGACUUGAUCAAAUUGCAACAAAAAGAGAUUGAUCGCUUGACUCACAUCAACGAAUAUCUCAUGCAAGCCAAUUAAACUAAAUUAAGCAUUUUAAAAGAUGAAAGGCAAUUCAACCAAGGAACCAAACCAAAUCCAAAAACAAAGAAUCUUAAGACCCUAUUACCAAUUGAGAAAAAGAAUAAUAAAAUCACAGAGGAUGGUAAUACCCAAUCAGUAAAACUUUUCAGGAGAUAAACGUUUCGAAAUCCCACUCUAGCGAGAUUCCACCCAGACGAUGGAGAGACCUUCAAAAAUGAUAGGAAUAACUCUGGAGCAUCUAAUUUUUAUGAUAUAUUACAGCAAGAGGACUGCUUCAGAACCAAUGCAAUCUUGAAUAUCUAAUUAUCUGAUGAAGAUGCAACUACAUAAUAUAAUAGAGAUGGAACAGUCUCGUUGAUGAAAGUGCUUCUGGAAUCUGAAGAAAACUUUUGUGACAUAAUCCAAUCGAUCUCAGCAUAAAAAUUAUCAUUUCUCUAUGACAAAUUCAAAAGAAUAAUGUCAGAUCAUUAAUAAUUGUUUAUCUUAGUAUUAAGACUCAAAAAAAUAGUCACAGGAGCUCUGCAGAUGAAUUCCUCAGUCCUAUUAGAUGAUGCGUUGCAAACCAUCAUUGACAAGUGCGUUGACUGUUUAGAAUGCGAUAGGGCAUCUUGUUUUAUUGUUGACUAAGCAAAAAAAGAACUUUGGACCAGAGUUGCCAAAGGUACUCAAACAACAAUUAGACUAUAAAUUGGCCAAGGACUCGCAGGAUUUGUUGCUUAGAAUCGAAUAAUUUUGAAUAUUGAAGAUGCGUAUAGAGAUUAAAGAUUCAAUACCUAAUAGGACGUUAAAAACAAUUAUAAGACAAAGACAUUAUUGGUAUCACCUAUUUUGGAUGGUGAUAAAUGCAUGGGAGUUUUAUAAUGUGUGAAUAAAUAAAAUGGAUACUUUACUAAGGAUGACGAGGCUCUCUUAUAGAUUAUGGGGGAGUUCAGUAAAAGUGUAUUAAAAAAUGCAAUGAAUCAUGAUGCCUAGAUGUUAAUCUAAAAUAAAUUAAGACACAUUAUUAAAACUGGCAUCAUACUUUAAAGUAAGUAAAACAAUCUUAUUGAUUUAAUUCUCUCUGCAGAGGAUAGGUUAAGAUCGUUAAUGAAUGUGGAAUAGGCCAAAGUAGUCUAUUAUAAUUAGGUUCUUUCUCAUAUUAAUAGAGAAGGCAAACUUUGUUAGACUGAUACUUUGUUGGGCAUAAUGGGAACAUGUAUUUAGGAUCAACAAUUGGUGGCUGUGAGCAAUUGCUAUACUAGUCCUAUUUUCAAUCCCAAUAUUGAUAUUGAAACGAAUAUGCCAAUUAUUUGUAUGCCUCUAAAAUCGCAAAAUCAUUAAAUUAUUGGGGCCAUUUAAGUAAUUAAUGUCAAAGGUAUUGGUAACAUUUCAUCAAACAGUGAGGCUAAGAUACAUUCUAUCGAUUUAGAUAUGCUGGAACUGUUUUGUUAACAAUGUGCUUAGAGUUUGCAAUACAGCAAGGAAUCAAUCUUAUGA